AUCACUUCCUGCACCUGUCCUGGGGUCCCGGGCUCCUGACGCCUACCCCAUUAGCUUCAUGCGAGGGUCAGGCCUCUGGGCUUUGAUAAUCAGGAUCUCCCGUGGGUGCCAGGGGGUCGACCCCAGCAGCGUGGCGCGUGCUGCCACUGGUCACAUGGGACUCCCUCGUUGUGUUUGCUUCUCCGAGCCCGGCGGGCGGCCACUCCCACUGCCGGCAGAACUGGAAUUUCAGGAAGUCGUCUCCCGGCAGCAGACAAAAUGGGGGAGGAAGACUGCACAGCGGACAUCGAGCAGCUGAUCAGUGAGAUGGACUUCAUCCCUGGACACUUCUCCCUGGCUCUCAAUGUCAACUUUGAGUCCACCGUCCCCACCAGGCUGAGGCACAGGGACAUCAAGCUGAAGCGGGACAGCCUGAGGCUGGAACUGGAGUCCGAGGUGGGGCCGCAGCAGUACGCCAUCAGGCACCUCCUGGGGCUCUUCGCCUUCCACUUGGAUGACUUCCAGGAGGCCGAGGACAACUUUGCCAGCAUCUGCAAGGAGGACCCCCACAACCUGAACGCCUGGGCCAACCUGGGCUUCGUGUACGACAAGCUGAGGCGGGAGGCGGAGGGGUCCGAGUGCGUGGACAAGGUGUCCGCUCUGAUGGGCCUCAGAGAAGGGGGGCAGCUGCUGUCCGCACGCUGCCUGGCAGAGCAGGCCUACGCCUACGCCUACGACGUCGGGCUGAGCUCAGAGCAGGAGCGGGCAGAGAAGCUGAGGGCGGCCAUCGGCGCCUACGACAAGGCCAUCGAGUACGGUGGUCAAGAGAUUCCCAUUGAAGAAAAGAGAAGCUGGCAUUUCAGCAUGGCGGCGAUGAUGAUCAGGCUGGAUGGCAUUCUGGGUAACCAGGAGAGCAGUGAGAGGCUGAGGGGGGCGUCCUACGGCAGGGCCUUAAAGCUGCUCCGUGACGCCAUCAAGUCCAGCAACCUGCACCACCGAGCUCUCACCUGGUGCUACAUCGGAGUCAUGCUGGAACGUCAGGAGAGCUUCUCAGUGGUGCCAAUGGCUGUCCAUGAUGAAGGCUUCACCUGCACUGACCCCCUGGACUGUUACUAUAAGGCCAUUGAAAUCGCCAAAGAAGAUCCUUUCAUCUUAAACCGCCUGGCCAAAGUCUUCCUCUUCCUAGGAAAGCACGACAUGGCAAUUGGAGUGUGCAACAUGGCACUGGACAUACUGGCCAACCCCGAACUCAACUGGCAGGCAUACAGUACACGAGCCAAGGUCCACAUCACAGCAUACAUGCGGGACCUGGAGCGGGCGAAGCUUGGAUUCAGCGGAGUCCCUGACCGGGAGAACCUCAGUAAAGCCAAGACUGACCUGGAGAACAUCGUGGAAGUGCACCCCUGCCUGAAGACACACCUGGACAUCGGACAGGUUUACUACUACAUGGGCGUCGAUGCGCUGCAAGAGCGCCACCUGGUGGACGAGGCCGCCAUUAACAAAGCCCUGGUGUUCCUGUCCAAAGCUCUGGAGGACGAACUGGGAGACGUGCUGCCCGAGAUCCAGCUGCUGAGGGGCAAGUGCCUGCUGCUGAAAUCAGAGGAGGAGAACGCGGCCGAGUGCUUCAAGAGGGCCGUUGAGAUGGACGAUGGCGGGGGCGGCGGGCAGGCGGAGAGUUUCCGGGGUCUGCUGGAGGCGCUCCUGGCCCUGUACACCCAGAGGAAAGCUGGCGCCGAGGCGGUGAUUGCCGAGCUCGAGGAGUGGCUGGGCAAGGCCGAGGAGAAGUACCCGCUGGAGCAGGUGCGCCGGGAGCUGCAGGCCGUCUGUCGGAGCCACACAGCCGAGGUGAGCGACCUGUCCAGGGCCAUGAUUAGGGCCGGCAAGCUGGACCUGGUGAGGCUGCUGCUGAGCACCGUGGAGCCCAGGAGGAUCGAGCGGGCCAGGUCGCUGUCUUUGUGAUGCUGCGAAAGGCGCUAUAUCACACGAGGGCGGACGGACCAACAACAGGUGCUUUAAACCUGGGAUCAGGACUCGAGGGGGCAGGCUGGGGGGCUUCAUGGAUGUCUGACUAAAUGAGAAAGGCACGAGGCGCGUAGAACGGACGUGAGUGUGGAUCGGCGUGAGGACGGACGGCAAACAAAGGGGGGAACGCCGAUGAAAAUGGAGAUAAAGGCGCGAAAAAUCAGAAAUGUGACGGGUUUACGGAGGGGAAGCCAAAACAAGGAGAGAAUGUGCCGAAAAGACGAGGAACGGCACCUGCAAGUCAGAGUGUCACCGGCCCCUGACCACGUGACAGUAAAGACCCUGAGAGGUGACACUAGACGUGUCAUUCGUACCCCACCAUAAACAGAUUAGAGGAUGAAGGAGGCGCAUUCAGGGGGCCCAGCUGAGAGUACAACACAUACGUGUGCGAGGUGGGACUUGACAACAUCACGGGGUCCGGACUGGCCGGGGGUCUCAGCGGCUGGCACAGAGAGACGGUCAAUCCAUUAGGUGACACAGGUGGCCGACUAGGGCUCUGUCAUCUGAAAGUGGAGGGAUGUGUGGGGGCUUUGGUCAUCAAACUCUGAUGAUACUGAGUGGGAACUCUUACCUGCUGGGCACCUCUUAUGAAAGAAAAACAUGGGCACGCUCUGUGCACCAAGUGGGGGGGCGCAACAGGUCAUCAAAGUCCAAUAAUACCAACUGCCUACUGUGGACAAUGUGGGGCGACGUCCGUCCACCUCAGCUGGGGCUCCAUUAGUCUGAGCAUCGAGUGGACAGCUCGGUGCCCUCAUCAUGGGCCAAUGGCCACCUCACUUCACAAGCCUGUCUCGACUAAUGAAGAGCCUGAUGGCCUCCAACUGACUGGGGGUCUGCUCUCUUCAAACUGAGUGGUCCUUCACAGCGAUGCCAUAGGGGAGACAUUUUUAGUUCUGAAGAGCGCCAUCCACAUGAAGGUUCCAGAAAGGACUGUGGAAGUGUUGAGGUCCGUCACAGGCGCCAUACUGGAAAGAAGUGACUUGUGAAAUGUUAAAGGGACCCUCGCUGCACUCAGUCACAGGCCAAGGUCAGGUUGUGUGCUGCUGGGCAGCCUGGCAUACAUUCAGGGUUUGGGGUUUUUAAAAGCAGAAAGAACCAACUUGACGUGCAAAGAACUCGUCCCAGGAUGAGAUGGCGCUGGACAAGCAAUGGGAGCUACGAGGGGCCACACAAGCCAGCGGAGACCCUCAAAGAGAAGGAGCCCACGUAAGAGUGGGCAUCGGGACAAAAAACGUCUUGGAAAAUAAACAAUCGUUACUUUCAUUACCUGCCGGGAGGGCCCAAUUCACCAGUAAGCAUAAUGUUUAGGGCAUCGUCUGGGCAAGAGGGGGCACCACAGACAUUUUCCAUCGCCAGAUGUACCACAUAGACAAACGGCGAGGCUAAAACAGGGGCCACAAAAGGGGGGCUCCCAUUUUAAAUGACAAAAAAAUGACAUCCAUAUCUGUACAAUAAUAAAAAACGCUAGUAGAAAAGUCAGAAUAGAAGAUCAGGAUCUGCUGGGGGGCUCAACUUCAGCUGGCGCUUUGUGUCCUCAACAGGAUGGCAAGGUGACAAGAAGGGAUGGAGAAGUCAAGAAGCAGACGUGCUGAGGGGGCAAUUAGGAAAAGGACGAGCAAACGUUACACAAAUAAAUGAACAUCAAUACUGUCGGGGGGGGGCUCAGUUUGUAAAACAAAAUGGGGUCACCCGCCACACCACGUGCCACCUGGACUGGGACCACACUGAGCAGUGGGAGGGUUUAAGGUGUGUCUGUGGGGGCACCAAAGUCCUUAAAGUGCUGAGGGUCUCUGGAGGUCUUCAUCCACACUGGCAUUGGGGACUCAGGGGACAAAGCCCACCGCACACGUGCCCUCUCUCUCUCUCUCUCUCUCUCCCUCUCUUUUUCUUUCUCUCUCUCUCUCUUUUUCCUUUUCUCUCUUUCUCUCUCUCUCUCUCCCUUUCUCUCUUUCUCUCCCCUCUCUCCCUCUCUUUUUCUUUCUCUCUGUCUUUCUCUCUCUCUUUUUCACUCCCUUUCUCUCUCUCUCUGUCUCUCACUCUUUCCCUCUCUUUUUCUUUCUCUCACUCUCUCUCUCUUUUUCCAUCUGUAGUCCAGACAGUGUGAAGCCUCUGAGCGAUUCAGCAAAUGAAGGGAAAAGGAGUCGACGAUGAAGAAGAAGCUCUGAAUGAGAAGCUGCAGCCACAGGACCCCCCAGGACUGACGCCAUAGGGAGCCUCAUUCAUUCACUACACACACACACACUCACAUUUGACAAAGAAGGCCAAAUCAAAGUCCAUAUUGGGGCUCGGACUUUUUCUUUUUCUCCGCUCCAUCGACGGCGCUGAGGCUGGCAGGACUUUAUUAAACGACUGAGACGCAGCAGGCGAGGAGCGACUUGGAGCUUUUUGCUCUUCUCACCUCCCCGUCUUCUGGCUGCUUAUCUCAGUUUCACGUCUCUGUGGCCUUUUCUGAAAUAUUUUUUCAUUUCCUUCGGUGUUUCCUCUUUAUUUUUUCGAUGUCAUCACCUUUUUAUUUGUAUUCCUAGAUACAGAUCGGUACGUCUUUUGUUUUAUUCAUUGAUAUUCUUGUUACACACACACUUGUGUCAGUCAGUUGCUUAUAUCUGUACAUUAGUAAUACAUUUCAUUGUCACCUUGUAUUGUAUGUUCUAGUUUUCACAGCAGUCGGAGUUAAUGACACGGUCAGCACACAGGGGUGACACUCCGGGUCGGCUCCACACUCCUUGGCAGCUCCUAGGACCCUCUUGAACCCGGGACCGCCUUCCGUUAUUUAAAAAUGGAUCGUGCUGUGAGCCAAAUGCAUUAAACAAGUGGACCUCCAUGGCGCUGUAACAGCCCGUCCUGUCACGGUAGUCUCAGUCCAUCACGUGCUGGACGUGUCUACGUUGGAGCGGUCUGGUGCCGCGACGGUGAUUUAUUUAUUUAUUUUUGGUGGAGAUUCCAGAGACGCGCCCAGCAUUGGCUCGACCCUCACGCUCCCACAAGCAGAGACAAAAAGCCAAAUAAAGAAUGUCAGUCAGUCAGCCAUCGUCCAACCCGCUAUAUCCUAACUACAGGGUCACGGGGGUCUGCUGGAGCCAAUCCAAGGCAGCACAGGGCACAAGGCAGGAACAAACCCCGGGCAGGGCGCCUGCAGCCCACCACAGGUAUUAAAGAAUAAUAAAUGAAACCUGAGAGCAAAUGUGCCAUCAACUUUAACUCGAUGCCUUUUGCUUUCAUCUUCUGCUCACUGAGCUCUUUACAGUGGCAGACAUUUCAAGGUGGGGGGCUCAGACUUUUGCACGCCACUGUAUUUGGUGUGUGGCGCGUCCUCAGCGUGUCACAUGAAAUGCUUGCUUAGGACAGCUGAUGGUCGUCGUGUCUGUGAUUUAUUCUCAUUGAGCUCAGCUCCUACUGAACCCCUUCACCCCGGGUGUCACCCAAGCAGGAGGGCCCGCUGUGCCCCAGCACUCCUCGUCCCAAAUGGCUGUCAGAUUUCAAUUUCCAUCCCUCACGAGGUGGCCAUAAACAAAUUAGCUGCUUGAAGUCCCGCGUCUGCCGCAAUGCCAGCUGUUAGGACUGUGGCACUUCAAAAUCGAAUGGCCCUGGACGUGACAUUGGCAGCAAAGGGGGGCACCUGCUCGGUGGUGGGGGCUUUGCGCUGCACUGAUGUUCCUGAAAACAUUGGCUGAUCAGGACCACCAAGCUGUGGCCUCUGCAGAGUCACCAGUGGUUGGACUUUCUCCUAAUUCUGAUGUUCUGCACUCGUUUUCAUGGCUUCCUGCUUGGAUGUUUGGUGACUUCACUUCCUUCUCUUGCAGUUUUCUUGCCGUAUUAAAGGUUUGUGUCCGCAGGUUAGUUCAGAAUACAACCACAGUUUACAGAUGACCCCUGGCCGGCCCUUGAGGAGACCCUGGAGAGGUGGAGAUAUGAGAGGAGAGGAGAUGAAUGAAGGUCAGUAGGAAAAAGACAGAAUACAUGUGUGUCAAUGAGAGGGAGGUCAGUGGAAUGGUGAGGAUGAGGGGAGUAGAGUUGAUGAAGGUGGAUGAGUUUAAAUACUUGGGAUCAACAGUACAGAGUAAUGGGGAGUGUGGAAGAGAAGUGAAGAAGAGAGUGCAGGCAGGGUGGAGUGGGUGGAGAAGAGUGUCAGGAGUGAUUGGUGACAGACGGGUAUCAGCAAGAGUGAAAGGGAAGAUCUACAAGAUGGUAGUGAGACCAGCUGUGUUAUAUGGGCUGGAGAUGGUGGCACAGGAGACAGAGCUGGAGGUGGCAGAGUUAAAGAUGCUAAGAUUUGCAUUGGGUGUGAUGAGGAUGGACAGGAUUAGAAAUGAGGACAUUAGAGGGUCAGCUCAAUUUGGACGGUUUGGAGACAAAGUCAGAGAGGCGAGAUGGUGUUGGUUUGGACAUGUACAGUGGGGAGAUGCUGGGUACAUUGGGAGAAGGAUGCUAAGGAUAGAGCUGUCAUGGAAGAGGAGAAGAGGAAGGCCUAAGAGAAAGUUUAUGGAUAUGGUGAGAGAGGACAUAUAGGUGAUGGGUGUAACAGAGAAAGAUGAUGAGGACAGAAAGAUAUGGAACAAGAUGAUCUGCUGUUGUAACCCCUAAGUGGAGCAGCCUAAAGAAGAAGAAGAAGAAGACUAUGUUGCAGAUGUUCUAUAACAGCGUGGUGGCCAGUGCCAUUUUCUUCACUGUGACAUACUGGGGGAGCAACAUGAAAGUGGCAGGCAUCAGGAGAACUAAACAAACUGAUUCAGAAGGCUGCCUCUGUGGCAGGAACUGGAGAAACUGGACAGCCUGGAAACUGUGGCAGAUCAGAGAAUGUUGUCCAGGCUUCGGUCUGUUAUUGGAAAUGCCAGUCGCCCACUUGAUAGUGUUGUGGUUGGAUGGAGCAGCAUCUUCAGCAGUGGACUGACUGGCAUCACAUGCUCCACUGAACGUCACAGGACAUCCAUCAGACUCUAGGACUCCUCUUCUGGUCACUCAGCCACACUUUCAGUUAUUACUCUUUUUUCUUAUUUGUUCUCAAAUGUGUAAUAUUAACACUCUAGUUUGAUACUUCCAUUUAUUAUACGUUAUUUAUAUUGACAUGAUUACUUAAUACUCGCUCUUAGUGUAACACGUCCCUUCUCUGUUGUUAAGUUGUAAUUUCCUUCGGGAUUAAUAAAGUUUUUCUGAUUCUGA